AAGCUUUGUUAAAGCAAAGAUAUGACGCCCUCGGUCAGGCUGAGCACUUUGUGAAGUCAUGUUGUUGGCAGAUGUUUUCCUCGCUUCUGCAAAAGUGAAACAGAAACUCAGAGUACCACUUCAGAAGAAACGAAACCAACCGAAGGAAUAAAACAAGUCUCAGCAGUGCUGUGGGAUCGUCACACGUUCACACCCCAUCUCGGAUAAGACAAGGAUGUCGUGUGAGACGCUGAGCACCAGAAAGGAGGAGUACGGAGGCCAUGAGCCUCCGUUCGAAGAGCGAGUGGAGGAGGGCUCCUUCUCCCUGGACACGCAGAGAAGUUUCCACCACGACAAGAGUCAGAUGCGAUACUUUGUGAAACCUGAGCAGAGCCCAAAUUUUGACCUGAGGGAUGGCUACAAUGACCGCUACAUAAGGAGAGAUGAAAAUGUGAAGAAGAACCUGGAACACAUCCUGCACUGGAUCUUGGCCAAUAAGUCCAACCUCAUGCAGAAGGCAGCCACGUCAUUUGCUUUGGAUGACUUUGACUUUGUGACAUCCCGAGGCCGUCUGACCAAUGUUUUAUGCACACCGUAUGAGGCUCUGACUGAGUGGUCGCUGGCCGUCACAAAGUUCAAAGGAGUAAUUUACAUCAACCAAGUGGAAACCGACAGCGCUCGCCAGGACCGGCAGAACCGCACCGAGAGCCACGAUGAGAAUAUAUACUGGGGGUACAAGUUUGAGCAGUACAUAUGCGCAGACAACAUUGACGGCUUACCUGAUUCGAGCGGCGUUGUCAACUCCAACGAGGCCUUCUACAGCGUGGUCCGAACUCGUCUCUCGGACCACAGGCUGCUGUUCUCCGGCGAGGUGGACUGCCGGGACAAAGACCCCAACGCUCUGGCUCCUCCCGCUUGCUACCUGGAGCUCAAGACAUCAGGACAGAUGCACACAGAUAAACAGCGAAGCAAAUUCCACAGUGCGCCCGGCGUUGUUGUGUUGUGAGCAGAGCAGGCACGGGAAAGGGGAGUCGACAACUAGUACGCGGCUCCUGGGCUGGUGCUAUGGCUAGUGUCCAAAAAGACGAAGAAAUUUGCUCCCCUUUAGGCUUCAAGUCAUUCGUUUGGAAGCACUUUGGAUUCCAAAGAAAAGAUGGCUCAACGGACAGGACACGUGCAGUUUGUAAAUCCUGCCAUGCGGUGAUCAAAUAUUCAGGGACCACAAAUCUCGAUGCACAUUUAAAGAAAAAACACGACAUCAAAGUUCAGUGUUAAAAUAAGCACUUUGUAUACUGCAAUACUCUUGUAAUUUCCUAAAUAAAGAGUUUGCAGUACUUUGUUGAUUUUGCGUAUGAAUUGUUAUAAAUCAGGAUAUUGUUCUAUAUUUUUUAGUAAAAAAAAAAAAUAUAUCGAUCGUAGAGCACUAUAUCGCGAUGUAUCGUGAAUGAAUCACAGCAGGCUUUAAGAUAUUGGCAAAUAUCGUAUCGUGCUUAUUUGUAUCGAUAUGAUAUCGUAUCGUGACAAAACCCGCGAUUUACACCCCUAGUUGAAGCAGUUUUGAAUGCUUCAUUGCCUGGUUAGUUAGCCUGUCGCCACAUAUUAGCUUUGCGGGCUCGACUGGGGAAACAUGUCACGUGACCGGGACGAGUGUCUUGACCUGAAUUAAUUGAUCGUCAAUAAAAAAAAAAAAAAAAUUCUGUGCGGCUUGGCGGCAAGUGACCCAGGGACCGGUA